AUGUCCAGCAAGCUCAGCUCGACUGACGGCACAUCACGACCCCUCACUCAGCUGGGAUACGGAGCGAGCAGCCCUCCUUACCCCCUAUACUCUCUACGCCCGAGGCCUUUUCCUUUCGUCAACCACACAAAACCUCGCCCCCAGGCCUUCAACAUGUCGGACCUUGGAAAGAGCCGGCACGGGAUCCCCGAUGUCGUGAUGGUCAAGAUCGACAAGUACGUCGACUCGCUGGCGCCCGAAAUCCAGCCCAAGGUCGCCGGCGAGAUCGACGAGUUCCAGAGCAAGACUAUCGACAGGCUCGAGGACAUGGUCGUCGACGCCUUCCGCGCGCUCUUCGACCGCAAGGACUCGGGCUCCAGGUCGCUAGGCGACGCGCCCCCGGACGAGUACGGCAUUGGGGGCCUGCCAUUCGCCAACGAGAUCGUCGCGCUCACGCAGUCCUUUUCCAAGGUCGCCGACGGCGCCAGCGAUGACAUCCGCGAAAUCUUUAACCUGACCGAGGGCUCCAACCGCGGUGGCGGCGGCGGCGGCGGCGGCGGUGAUGACGACCACCAGCGAUCCAGGGGAGGUGGUGGCAGCGACUCGUUCAGGGAGGGGGCCAAGGGGUUCCUCAACCUCGCCCUCAACGCCGUCAAGGAGCACCAGGGCGGCGGCUCCUCCGGGGGCGGUGGCCAGUCGCCCAUCUCCUUUGACGGCCUACUCGGCGUGCUGAGCAACACCAUCAAGGACACGUCGCGGGACCCCGAGGGCAAGGCGCGCAUGAUCAGCCCCGAGAUCAAGGACAAGAUCGGCGCCAUCCUGCGCCAGCAGCACGCGCCCCUGGCCGAGCAGUUCACCCGCAUCGCGCUCGACCACAUCAAGCGCUGGCUGCGCGGCAACACUUCGACGCGCGACCUCGGCGACGGCGUCAAGGGCGAGAUCACGGAGCUGGUGUCGGGCAUCGCCGGCAUGUUUGGCAAAAAGUCGUCGUCGUCAUCCUCGGGGGACCGAUCCCGCGGCGACGGCGACGACGACAGCGCCGGCGGCAGCGCCGGCUUCUCGGGCGUCAUCAGCAAAAAGCUCAGCACGGGGCUGGCAAAGGUCCACCGCGAGGUACGCCUCGAGUUCCGCAAGGUGCUCGGCGUCAUCGAGAAGAACCUAUUCGAGGCCCUCCCGGACGAGGUGCAGGGCCCGCUGGAGAAGAUCCUGGGCGGAAACCCGUUCGACCCGUCGCUCGACGCCCAGGCGUCGCCCGCCUCCCGCGGCGGCGGCGACCGCGGCAGCCUGGGCGACGAGAUCAAGGCCAAGCUGGUGCGCAAGAUCCGCGACCUAGUCCGCAAGGUGCAGGACAUCCUGCGGCAAAACGUCCUCAUGGUGGUCAACGGCGGGCACCGCCGCUUCGAGAGGGCUAGCUGGGUCUUUGUGCAGACCAACGUCGAGGCGAAGGUGCAGCGGUUCCUCCCCGAGGUCCGCAUCCACGUGCCCGACGACAUCGGGAACGAGGGCGUCGACGUGGGCCGGCCCAAGACCCCGCCGGCCAUGAGGAGCGACGGCGGCGCCGGCGCCUCGUCCCCAGGCAGGCCCUACGAGAACCAAGGCCAGAACCAGCAGGGUCAAUACCAGCAGCAGGGCCAGUACCAGCAACAGGGGGGAGGCGGUGGCGCAGCGUCCUCGUACUACAGCUCUCCGCCGCCGCAGCAGUCUUACUCGCAGCAGCAAAAUCAGGGAUACGGAGGGCCGCCGCAGCAUCAGCAGUACUAUCCACCGCCCCCUUAA